UACAUCGAGGGGGGAGGACUGGCCUCAGAGCAGUCAGCAGCAGCUCUGGGGUCGGUGGGCUGCGGCUUGCCAUGGGGAACACCAUCAGGGCCCUCGUGGCCUUCAUCCCUACUGACCGCUGCCAGAACUACGUGGUCCGGGACCUCCGGGAGAUGCCGCUGGACAGGAUGGUGGACCUGAGCGGGAACCGGCUGCGCCGCUUCCCCGUGCACGUGUGCUCCUUCCAGGCACUGGUCAAGCUCUACCUGAGCGACAACCACCUGGACAGCCUGCCUCCGGAGCUGGGGCAGCUGCAGAACCUGCAGAUCCUGGCCCUGGACUUCAACGACUUCAAGGCUCUGCCCCAGGUGGUGUGCACCUUGAAGCAGCUCUGCAUCCUCUAUCUGGGCAACAACAAACUCUGCGACCUCCCCAGGGAGCUGAGCCUGCUCCAGAACCUACGAACCCUGUGGGUGGAGGCCAAUUACCUCGCCCAGCUGCCAGACGUGGUCUGUGAGCUGCAUCUCCUUAAGACUCUGCAUGCCGGCUCCAACGCCCUGCGUCUGCUGCCAGGCCAGCUCCAGCGCCUCCGAGAGCUGAGGACCAUCUGGCUCUCAGGCAACCUGCUGACCGACUUCCCCACCGUGUUGCUCCACAUGCCCUCCCUGGAGGUGAUCGACGUGGACUGGAACAGCAUCCGCUACUUCCCCAGCCUGGCCCACCUGUCGAGCCUGAAGCUGGUCAUCUAUGACCACAAUCCUUGCAGGAACGCACCCAAGGUGGCCAAGGGCGUGCGCCGCGUGGGAAGAUGGGCAGAGGAGACGCCAGAGCCUGACCCCAGAAAAGCCAGGCGCUAUGCGUUGGCUAGGGAGGAAAGCCAGGAGGCACAGGCACUGGCCCAGCCUCUCCCACUCCCUCCCACCAGCUCCCGAGGAGCUUCAGUUAUAGGUCAAUGCCAAAGGCCCAACUCCAGCAUCUUCCGGACACAUCUCCACUAGAGAACAAAGGAUUGCUCUGAGACCUGGGGGCAUCCCUGCAGGUGGGAGAUGGAAUGGAGUCUGAUGAAACGCCCAACCCACACCAAGAAAAUACUCCUGGCCAACAAUCUCUCUCUCAAAGGGAAGUUGUGAGCUGUAGGAGGCGUGACAACUACUUUGCAAGAAAACCAGCCUCUCCAAGCAGGUUAUUUUGAUACGCUGAAGAGCAAGAAGGGCCGGGAUGCUCUGGCCCCUCCAGGCUCCAGAAGCAGCUGGUCACGAGGGUUGUGAGCCCCACAAGGUAUUUGUUGCAGAAGUUCAGGUGGCCUGUCUCCAGCCCUUGGCAGGAUGUAUCUUCUUACUAUGCAUGGCCACAAACCGUAUGAAAAAUAUUACUAAUUCAGGCCACUUGAAAAUGACAUGCCUCUGUAGUUAGACUCCGUUGUCACAAAGGCUCAAGAUGAAGCUUCUUCCCUGCAGUUUAACAACUGCUGAGAAGACACCCCUGCUGGAGAAUGCCUCCUGGUGGGGUCCAACUGCCAAUUUAAACUUGACAGUGGUUCAUACUGAUUUAGCUCAUUUUCCUUAAAAAAUCUGACUAAAGGUCUACUCCCAACUGUUCCCUGACAAUGCUGAAAGUCAUCUAGAAAACAGAACCUCUCUGGCAGUGCGGUCUCAUUAAAAUCCAGCCUGG